UGUCUGCUUUUGUUUACAUAUUUGACAUUUCGUCUGCUGUGCUGCCGUGAAUUAAGAUUUGUGAAUGUGUUGGUUUAUAAAAAAUUUCUGUUAGUAAUGAAUUUUGAAUGGUUUAAAACAUUUGCAAAGCGUUGGAAAUCAAUACAAAUUGGUAGCCUCAUCCAUGAAGAUAAAAUCGUAGGCUUGGUAUCAUUUUGGAUUUUAGCCUCUCUUCGUAUAAUUUUAACGCUGCUGCCCCAAAGUGGUUACAUACACCCUGAUGAGUUUUUCCAGUCGGUGGAGGUUGUCGCAGGAGAUGUGUUCGACCUGGAGGUGUCCCGGCCGUGGGAGUUCAACACGACGUUCCCGGUGCGCAGCGCGGCCGUGCUGUACGGCGUGGUGGGCGUGCCGCUGGCGCUGCUCAAGGCCGUGUCGCCCUUCGCGGCGCUGUGGUUCGGCUGGGAGCUGCGCACGCCCUACGCCGUGCUGGCGACGGCGCGGCUCGCCGCCUGCCUGCUGUCCUUCCUCGUGGACCUCGCCCUGUACCGCGCCUGCCGGGCGUGCGGCCGAGACCACCGCGCGCUCCUCGUCGCGCUCGCCAGCUCCUUCGUCGUGCUGGUGUACGGGACGCGGACGUUCUCAAACACCAUCGAGAUGGCGCUGCAGUCCGUGCUGAUCGGCUGCGUCGCGGACUGCAUGGCGCUCUCCGAACAGGUGAUCGAGCGACGGGAGUACCUGGACGAGCAGCACCGCAAGGCGGGCUCGCCCGCGGACCGCGCCAGGGUGCACAAGCUCCGCCUGCUGCUGCCCAGGCACUCGCUGAGGCGCUGCGCAGCCGUCGCCACCCUCACCGUGGUGGGCGUGUUCAACCGGCCGACGUUCCUGGCCUUCGCCGUCGCGCCGGUCUUCUUCUGGCUGCAGCGGGGGCUCGGCUCGGCCUCGGUCGGCCUCCUGGACUUCCACCUCCGCAUGCUGGCGCUCGUGCUCGCGGGCCUGCCAACCCUGGUGCUGCUGAUCCUGGUGGACUCGUUCUACUACGGCUACCUGACGCUGGGCGAGAUCAGCGCCGUGAAGCUGAGCCUGGACAACCUGGUGGUGACGCCGCUCAACUUCAUCAAGUACAACGCCAACGCCGACAACCUGGCGCGUCACGGCCUCCACCCCCGCUACCUGCACCUGCUCGUCAACGUCCCGCUGCUGUACAACGCCCUGGGGCUCGUGGCGCUGGGCGCGGCGCUCCGGCUUGUCUACAGGUGCGUGUGCCGGCGCUGGCGCGACCUCCCGCGCGCGCAGAGCGUCGUGGGGCUGAUGACGGCGUCCUGGCUGGUGCCCGUGGCGCUGCUGUCGCUGUUCCCCCACCAGGAGCCCCGGUUCCUGGUGCCCGUCACCCUGCCGCUCGUGUUCCUCUACACCCGGCGCCUGCACCGGCACGGCGGCCUCGCCCUGUCGUGCUGGUACGCCUGCAACAUCCUGCUCACCGCGUUCUUCGGGUUCGCGCACCAGGGCGGGGUGUGGCCCCUGGCGGAGCACUUCUCCCGGGAGAUGGCGGCCAAGCCGCGGCUGACCGCCGUCCACCUGGUCACCAGCUACGUCUACCCCCUGCCGCUGUUCCCGCUGAUGCUGCGCAACUCCAGACGCCCGCUGUUCAGCCGGCAGACGAACCAGCACUACCGCCUCGCCAGGGAGUUCCACCCGUACGAGCUGGGCUCCGGCGGCCUUGACCGGGUCCUGGGCCGGGCGGAGUCUCUGAUAACGUCCUGCGAGCGGACGUACGCGGAGAAGAAGCUCGACUACAGGGUCUACGUCGCCCUGCCCAUGAGCCUGGCCGAGCGGUUCUACGGGCUCGUCGACCGGACGAACUCGUCCCUCUCCUACGCGACGGUGAAGGUGUUCUACCCGCACGUCUCCACCGAAGCCCUGCCGAGUUUCCCUCUGGCGGCGAAGUGCCGACCCGAGCAAUCCGAGUCCGACUCUUGCGAGGAGUAUUUUUAUAGCUCUCCGAUUAAAUUCUUCUCCAGAUAUGCCCAGCAGUUCGGCCUUGCUUUGAUAAAAAUUCAGAAGGUCAGUCGGCUGAUGUGAUGCCUUGCUUAAUUCAUUUUGUUGCUUAUUUAGAGCAUAUUCCUAUCAAAUUUUUUUAUUAUUUGUUACUAAUGUGAGACAUUUAUCGUUGUUUUAACGUUCAUUUGCAUUGUGUGUGUUAGUGCUGAAUCAAAUUGGUGGUCACUGUUACAGAGUUUUUGCACAAGUCUGUAAAAAAUAUUUUCUGCUUCCCCGAAAGAGCAAGUAAUCAUAAAAAAAAUAAACAUUAUUGCAUUUACUGUACUUCCAAUGAAGUUACACUCUUAUCAUUGUGCUUCUGGCCUUGAUUCACGAAUUGACGUUAUUAUAAGAAAAAUUGACCGAAAGAAGUUUUGGAAAGAAACUGAAAUGCAAAGGUAGAAAAUUGUAUCUAGCACGUUAUUAGAUCGUUGUUGAUCUCACUUUGACUCUCAAACUUCAAAGGUUAUAGCUAUAAGUAGACACAUGCUUGCUUAAAGAUAAACUGUCAUGCUACUGAUUUAAAUGUGACUUUGCAUCUUGUCAUCAUCCGGGGCUUCACCCCACAGAGUCCGAUAAGCCAACACCCCUCACACCCUCCUAUCCUGACGGCACCGCGAACCUUCCGCUAGCGACGUGUGACAUGUUUUGAAUAGGUCACAGUAGAAUCAGUGCUUCAUUCCCUUAUUAAAUAAAAUGUAUCUUAGUACAUGUAAUCGAAGGGAAACGUUUUUGGCAAUUCAAACCUCGACUCAUAAGUAUAUCAUAAGGGGUAGAACGGCAGAGAGAGAGAGAGAGAGAGAGAAAGACAAUUUUCUAAAUAAACAUGAAAGACUAAAUUGUUACUCACUUCAAAAUAACAGCUCAGGAUAUCAAUAAUUAUUGAUAAAUCAAUAUUGAUUACUUCACAAUAACUGUUUAAAUACUCGCACAUUAAAGAAAAUUUGGGUUAGUAAAUAUCAAAGCUAGGAUACAUUAUAAUAAGAUAGUUUUUAAUUUAAUUUUAUAUUAUGUGUAGGUUAUAUAUGAUCGAGCAUUUUUCUAGACUGAUUUUGUUGUUCUGCAAAUAUCACCUCAUCAUUUGAGUUAUAGUGCAGCAGACUGUACAUAGACAUACUGCAAUGUAUUCAUAGGCAUUGAUAAUGUUCUGUCACCCGAGGUAAGACUCUCCAAGCACUUGAGGACUUCAUCUUAAUACUUUAACUGAUCUUCAUCAUCCUGGCUUCUUCAAGUAAUAUACAUUGUUUUCUUUAGUCCUUGGAGCUUACCUCGGGGGCUCAACUGUUUUAUUAAUUAAAUAGUAAUCCGCUAGCCGGAGUUCGGACACGAACACAAGUCUUGCAUCCAACCACGAGGUGGCUCUGGGCAUUACGUAAACCAGUUGUGCCGUUAGGCAUUUAUGCAAUUAUAAUUUUUUUUGUAAUUAUUUGUAUGUGACGCAGUAUUAAAUUAUACUACAGCAA